GAGUGACAUCAUUUUGCGGUGUGGACGCGGAAAGGGAGGGAACAGCCUAAGGCUGCAUUCGUCUCCGCGGAGGAGACAGAGACAGCGGGGAUUGCACAGCGGAUGCUGCGAGAGCGAGCAGUCGAGUAGGCUACCAAGACAGAUUACCACGAUGGACGGAGUGAAUUUUCUUUCCUUCCUUCUCCUGUGCUUGACCUCCGUUACCCACGGUAACAAAGCCAAUAAGCACAAGCCAUGGAUUGAGACAGAAUACCAGGGAAUCGUGAUGGAGAACGACAACACGGUGCUGCUGAACCCGCCUCUCUUCGCCGUGGACAAGGACGCGCCUUUGCACUACGCAGGCGAGAUUUGUGGGUUCAAGGUUCACAGUGGGACCUCGGGCUCAGGUGCAGCCAAGUUUGAGGCGGUGGUUCUGGACCGGUCAACAGGGGAAGGGCUGGUUCGCUCUAAGGAACCUCUGGACUGUGAGAACCAGCGAGAGCACAGCUUUACUAUUCAAGCCUAUGACUGCGGAGAAGGCCCCGAUGGGGCCAACAGCAAAAAAUCACACAAAGCCACAGUGCAUGUGCGUGUCAACGAUGUGAACGAGUUCUCGCCGGUGUUCGUGGAGCGGCGGUAUGAGGCGUCCGUGCCGGAGGGUCGUCUGUUUGACCGCAUCGUGAGGGUGGAGGCCCUGGAUGCCGACUGCUCCCCGCAGUACAGCCAGAUCUGUUUCUAUGACAUCAUCACUCCGGAUGUGCCCUUCGCCAUCGACAACGAUGGGAACAUUAAGAACACGGAGCCCUUGGACUCAAAGCGUCAGAGGGUUCACACCUUUUGGGUGACCGCGUUCGACUGUGGCAAGAACCGCGCCCAGGCAGACGCCCAGGUCAUCGUCACCGUCAAGCCCUCCUGCAAGCCUGGCUGGAUCGGGUGGUCAAAGCGCGUGGAGUACAUUCCGGGGUCGGGCAGCAUCCCCCUUUUCCCCAGCCUUCACCUGGAGACCUGCGAGGAGACGGUCUGGAACAUUCAGGCCUCCAUAGAGCUGCAGACUGGCCACAUCGGGAAGGGGUGCGACAGAGACAGCUACUCUGAUAGGUCUGUCCGGAGGCUGUGCGGCGCAUUAAGGGGGGAAGUCGACCUGCUCCCGCCCCCUUCGCCUGCAGCCAAUUGGACAGCAGCCCUCCCCACCCUCCCUUCCUCAGAUUCGUCGCUAAUUUUCUCCUUCAAUGGCACAAACCAUGUUGCCGUUGUGCCAGAUGCAGUGGCUGCCACAGUGUCCGGUGACCACUUCACCCUGCAAUUAUGGAUGCGAAGAGGCGGAGCAAAUGCUCAUGCACCGACCAAUCAGGCGAGAGGGAGCCACCGAGAGGAGGAGACAAUCAUCUGCAGCACUGUCAGGAAUGAUGAUUCGUUCUCUCACUACUCCCUGUCAGUGCAUGGCUGCCGCUUGUCUCUGUUCUAUUGGCCUGAUGUCACCGCUGCGCGUCCCAUCAAGUUCCUCUGGAAACUGGAACAGGUGUGUGACAGCGAGUGGCAUCACCUCUCCCUGAGUGUCCAGUUCCCCUCCGUCACUCUCUACGUUGAUGGUGUGACCUUCGACCCCGCCCUCAUCCAUGACAAUGGCGCUAUUCCCAACCCCGCCCCCCAUCAGCGUGUGGUCAUUGGAGCAUGCUGGGAAGAGAAACCAAAGGAUAUUGUGAACAACACUAUUCCUGAGAGCAGAGACACAGGGAAGUUUGUGGGAGGUUACCGGGGGCUGUUGUCAGGGGUGACCGUGCGUCCAGGUAGUGUGGAGCCGCACAGCGUGGUGGAGUGCCUGUAUGCCUGCAGGGAGGGGCUGGACUUUGGUGACCUGGAAACACUGGGAUCAGGAAUGAAGGUGCAUGUAAACCCGAGCCAGUCCACGCUGGUCCUGGAAGGGGACGAUAUUGAGAGCUUCAACCGCGCGGUGCAGCAGGUCACCUACAGAAACUCGCUCCGCUUUGCCACUCCUGGGGUCCGCCCUCUCAAACUCACCACCUCCCUCAGGUGCUUCAGUGAGGAGAGCUGCCUUUCUCUCAAGCAGCUGGAGGGGUACCUUGUGGUCCUCAAGCCUGAUGCCCCCCAGAUCUCCCUGUCUGGCGUGGGACCCCACCUGGCCCGGCCCGCCCCCGAGUUUGAGGGGCCCCGAGGGAUCCCCCUGUUCCCAGAGCUGAGGAUAACCUGCUCACUGUCCCACACCGUCAAUACCGCAGCACAGGACAUGGAGGGAGGGGCUCUCAUGUCUGAUGCCGUGGCCCACACUCUGGAUGGCUGUGAGGUUCAGCCCCUGGGGGAGGAGUUAAACCCAGAGAGGGAGGAGCUUAUGGUGGACAUGGAGUCACUAAGAGAGAGAGGGUUGGACAUCAUCAACACGACGGCUUAUAUAGCAAUCACAGGAGCUGAGUCAAUCUCAGUUUACGAGGACGUCCUCCGCUCCAUCCGCUACCGGCUGGCCAAGGACUCCGCCCGCUUCGAGAGGCGUUUCCGCCUGUCCUGUUCGGAGAUGAAUGGCCGCUACACCAGCAACGAGCUCACCUUGGAGGUCAAUUUCCUGCACUCCUUGGACAGUCUGUACCACCCUUCACACCUUCUGGCCUCAGAGCAGCAGUUCCUUCACCCGUCCCGCCACUCCGGAGAGCUGAGCGGACACUCUCUCCCCAGCUCCCAGCACAACUCUGUUGUGCCAGGGGCGGCCACGGUUAUCAUUAUGGUCUGCGUGGGGUUCUUGGCUGUCAUGGUGAUCCUGGGAGUGUUCAGAAUCCGUUCCAUCCAUCGCCGUGGAGAUGGGGUCAGGGGCGGAGAAAAGGAGGGCGGCGGCCAAUGGGAUGACUCUGCACUCACCAUCAUAGUUAACCCCAUGGAGACAUACGAGUCAAGGAUGGGCGUGGCCACUGAUGUGGAGGGAGAAGAUGAGGAAGAUGAGGAAGGGGUGGAGUCACCUGGCGAUGCCAGUGAUGAUCAGCAAAUCAUCAUCAAGAAGGAAGGGAGAGACUCUGUCCCCCGGCGUUACUGAGUCAAUCACAGCCCAUUCACUACACACAACCACUACAACACAGAGUAUAUAUAUUCAAACACGUACAACCACACACAAGUAUGCCACAGCAGAAACAACCAUAGAGUGUACAUUCAUAAGGACUAUGCAUGACGUGCACAAUGCUACUCAAAAUCAAUGUUGUCCAAUGCACAAAUAGUGUUAACAGCUCAGCACUGGCUGCUUGAAACAUGCUGUAUACCACACAAUUAGCUGACCUACACUACACAUUAUUUAUCAAUCAGUUGUCGACCACUGGAAAAAUCCCUACAGAAAUGUCUAUGGCAAAAAAACCAAAUACACAACACAUUUAGGUUGGGAGAAUUUUGACAGAUAUAUUUUUUUCCAAGCCUUACCUCCCUGUUAUUAUCCUCUUUGUGUUUUCCAGAAUUCUUGCAAAUAGAUUACAAACAGUUCUUCUGUUUUCACACAAAGACGUGGAAAUCAUCUGACGUCAUACUGUCACAAAAUUGUUUGAACAAAGUUUCUGCUAUUGCAUGUCUGAUGGAAUUCCUGUAGAAAUUGGUUCAUGUUUUUUUUGGUAUAUUCAGUAGAGGUUAGCAUUUCAGAAAUGAAUGUUGAAAUCCUCUAAGCCGAAACAUACAUUAAACAAUCAUAUUAAACUCUAAAGUAUUAACUAUAAUCUACAAAAAAACAUACAUCUUAAGUAACUAUUACACACAAAUACUUUAACUACAUGAUCCCCAGUUGCUGCACAAAUCACACAUCCCUUUGCCACUAGAUAGAGCGCACAAGUAAUAAUAAUAAGGUGUGACACAUUGAUGUGGUUGUUCUAGAUGGUACAACUCGAGCUGUGUUCUUCAAAACACUUCACUGACAGUCUUCACUGCUGAACAGUUUCCUCCGCACCGACUGUCCGCUAUCUUCACAUCACUACCCCCACUGUAUCCUGAAUGUCAGCUCAGCUUGGGCACUUUUGAUUGUACUGAAAUUUUGUAAAUACUAUUAUUAUUAUUACAGUAUUAUUACUAUUAUUUUGACGAGCUGCAGUUCUCCCACUGUGCCUAUGUAGACAGAGGUGGCGCUCUCUCUCUCUCUUUCUUUCUUUCUCCCAUAAAAGGGGAAAGAAAUAUUCAGUAUUAACAUCAACUCUACCUUUCUCCCUGAUUUCAACAUUCACCUGUGCUGUUGGUUAUGGCAACAACAAUAGUAGUAAUAGUUAUGAUUACGGCAAGCUUGCUUAGUGUCAGUUAGUUUGUAUGUAAGCAUUUGGACUUCCGUGAACUGAAGGGCACAUUGUUGUGAUUUAAUAGUGUCUCUACCUUGCUCCUUUGUUUCCCUCUUCCACGGCUUUCUUAAUCCCUGACAUUUCCAGCCGGUCUUUCUCCUUCCCCCCUUUUCGCCAGUUCUUCUCUCUGUUCACACUUUCCGAUGUUUUGCACCCUUUGUGUUGUCCAUGUAAUUAUCGGCUCCUCCUUCUGCUUCCUUUCACCUCUUCCUGUUUACCUAGGUGUCUGUCUGUGCGUUAUUGUGUACAGUGAUGACUUGUCACGAAAUGAAGCCUGUGUUUUUUCAAUGUAAUAUGAAACUGAAACAGUUGCAUUAAUAAUGUAUUAAUAUAACUAUGAUAAUUAUAUAGUACCCAUGAAAAAAAAAACUCAUUAUACAAUGAUUGUGAGAAAUUAUUAUAUUGAGCCAUUGUACUGAUACAAAAACAUUUGAAUGAUGUGUAUAUGCUGUUUGUAUAUUGCCAUACACAAGCUGAUGGUAUCAUGUUACAAUUAAAUAAUCAAAUAAACUAUGGUGAACUGUUGUCUGUAA